UAUUAGCCAGCCAGCCACAAUCGUCCAAAAAAAUCAUGUAAAAGACAAGCGCUCUCAUUUGGCCAGUAGCAAAAUUACACGUCAUAAGGGUAAUAAUAAUGCGAUUAUUUCAUUUUUUAUUUUCUUCCGCCAAUGCAUUUUUCUCCUUUGAUGUAUCUCUGCCUCAAAAUUUGCUUCCCCUGUUUCGAACCCAAUUGGCCAUCUUCUUCUUCUUCUUCAUCGUUUUCUCUGUAGCUCUUUCACAGGCAUUUCUAAGCUCUCGAGCGUUUGAAUUUCCUGAGAUCAGGAGACGGACGAGAGCAAUAGAAAUCUAGCAAAUCAAGGCGGGAGACUCUUGUGUCGUUUGACUGGAUCUGGUUUCCCUUUGAAAUCUCAGGUUUUGACUGAUUCUAAUCAACAAGAGGAACACUUUGAUUAUAUAUCAAAAGUUAGCUUCGUUCAUCUUAGAUUAGGCAGUUUGGUGUUGUGGCUCUGCAAAAAGAAGAAAAGGUUUUGAUGAGAUGAAAGGAGCUAAAAGGUGGAGUCUAGGCAACCUAAGGGAUACGGCGUCGUCUUUGCCUGGAGCUCGCUACCGUGCGCCUACAAGAAGACGAGCAUGGAUCAUCAUGGCGCUCUCGCUGAUCACCAUCUUUGCCGUUGUCGCUUACAUGUACCCUCAUCACAGUAAACGCGCUUGUUACAUGAUCUCGUCAAGAGGAUGCAAGGCUUUAGCUGAUUGGCUUCCACCUUCUCUGAGGGAACUCUCAGAUGAUGAGAUUGCAGCUCGCGUCGUGGUUAAUGAAAUACUGAGUAACCCUCCUGUCAUCAGAAAGGACUCCAAAAUCGCAUUCAUGUUCUUGACUCCCGGUACAUUGCCUUUCGAGAGGCUGUGGGAUAGAUUUUUCCAGGGACAUGAAGGGAAGUUCUCUGUUUAUAUCCAUGCAUCAAAGGAAAGGCCAGUUCACUACAGUCGUUACUUUGUCAACCGUGAAAUUCGCAGUGAUGAGGUGGUGUGGGGAAGAAUAUCAAUGGUUGACGCAGAGAGACGGUUGCUAGCUAAUGCUCUUAGAGACCCUUCAAACCAGCAGUUUGCUUUACUCUCUGAUAGCUGUGUACCACUUCGAAGUUUUGAAUACAUUUACAAUUACCUCAUGUACAGUAACGUCAGCUAUGUUGACUGUUUUGACGAUCCAGGUCAACAUGGAUCAGGCAGGCAUAUGAACCACAUGUUGCCAGAAAUUCAAAAGAAGGAUUUUCGAAAGGGUGCACAGUGGUUCACCAUGAAGCGUCAACACGCUGUAGCAACUAUGGCAGACAGUCUUUACUACUCUAAAUUCCGGGAUUACUGUGGGCCAGGUAUAGAGAACAACAAGAACUGUAUAGCUGAUGAACACUAUCUGCCAACAUUCUUUUACAUGCUCGAUCCUAAUGGCAUUUCUAACUGGACUGUAACACAAGUUGAUUGGUCUGAGAGAAAAUGGCAUCCCAAAACAUAUAUGCCUGAGGACAUCACACACGAGUUACUAAACAACCUCACGUCUGCUGACACAGUCGUGCAUGUCACAAGUGUUGGAAUGGGUGAAGAAAUAUGGAUGCCUUGUAUGUGGAACGGAAUCAAAAGACCUUGCUACUUGUUUGGAAGGAAAUUUCACCCGGAUACGCUUGAUCAACUGUUGAAUCUCUUCUCAAAUUACACAAGAUCGGUCUCUUGGCAUUUGUGAUUAAAAGGGUAUUAUUUCUUCUAUAUACACACACACUCAGAUUCUUUGACCAACGUUCGAUUCCUCAUCCACAUGAAUCAAAAUCACCUUUGAAGAGUUUUUUUUAGAAAGAUCCUUAGAAGCUGUAACAAGACUACAAGUCUAGAAGCUUAAGAAGGUAUGAGAUUUUUUUUUCUCAAUCUAUGCUUCAUUUGGCUGGAGGGAGACCGUUGGUUUUACUUUUUGUUUCUCUACUCUGUUUCAUUCUUUGGCUAUAUCUCAUUGUUACUUUACUGUUGUGAACAAAAAAUAGAAUUUUCGGUUGUUUAUUUUUUACUCUUUUAGAUCGAUAUUUGUUUUUGUUCAGAAAUGAUGAAGAACUAAACUUAUACAGGUUUAUAGAUAUAUAUGUUCUUUGGCUUUGACCUCAAA